UUUUAUGUAGAGUGCUAGCUCUGAUACAAAAGUCUCUGUUAGCACUCUACUUUCAAGUUGGAAGAGCUUUAUAUAUCUGUCAUCACUGGAUUUUUUGCUAAUCCCUUUAUGGCAUGGAGAUUUAAGCAAAUACAGUUGGGGGAAUCAGAAUCAUGGAGACCAAACUAUCCUGUCCUACCUGCCCCCUUUCCAAACAAUUGAGCAGGUGCAUGUGCUCUUUCUCCCAAAUCCAUAGAGCUGCCACUCAUGCCCAAGUGAGGUACAAUCAUGUUUUACAGUGAAAGAUGUUUCGACGUGCUCUUACCAAGCCCUGACUACAUGGAUCAAAUACAGCUGUGUGAAUGUCGUAUGUCAUCAAGCUCUCUGUAUGUUGUUUUGUAGAUGGAGAGGUAGAGAGUUCACUAAAGGCUGUGUGGAUUCCCAGUUCCCACAUGAUAGGUUUGAUUGAUGUCAGCCUUGUUUGUAGUAUAUUCAAUGAAUAUGGCUUCAAAGGUGCUACAACAAGUAUAAACCAUCAGCUUUGUUAGCCUGACAAUUGAAAGAGUUAUAGUUUUAAAACCACGAAAGUUUUUCUUUGAUCAUUUUUGAUAUCGAAACACCUAAAAGAGUGAUUAGAGUCUUUGCACAAAGGUUAUUAGCACGUUAGCACUCGCUUCCUCUGACCCAUGAAAAGCCACUCCCUGUACUCUCAUAAGUACACAAACACGCACACGUCGUCAUGUUUGCACAUCAUAUGUUGACAGGAUAUUGAUAUUGCAUUAUUCUACGCGAUCUGAAUGCAUGCGCGGUCAACAUAUUAGUGCAGAACAAACACGUCCGUCCAGGUAAUCUUGUCUUCACGCCCUGCUUUGAAUGAGACAGAAGGUCUCAGUUAUUGCCCGCUCAGUCCCAAAGCAAUAAAGUGAUUCAUCGUCUAAAUUACGUUUUAACAGGAAGUUGAUUGAGAGCAUAAUCCAUAUUGAUUCUCUUGAUGGAAACAGGAAAUAGCAGAGUUGGAAAUAAAAUCUUUUGUUGUUCCCAGUGAGAAGGGACCCCAGAGGAAAAUGGAAAGCAAUUGCGCGCUGAUGAGUGGCACUGCCCCUAGCACCGCUUCUUCCUGCCUCGCCGCCCUUUUCCUCACAUCCCCCUUGGAGACUAGAGAGAGACGUCAUUGGGGUUGUUGUGCUCUUGGUCUCCCCCCCUGCCACACAACUGCACUCCAGUGCUCUAGUCUAAUUAGGUUGCUACCUGAAGACCUUCUUCAACAAUAACUGACCACGUUAUUACACCAGGCCUGUCAGGUGGGUGAUACUGCCUAGCUCUGGAAAAUUUUAAGCAGUACCGGUUGGAAUUGGAUGAGGGAUGGCAACCGUGCUCCACCUGCUGUCAAGAAGGGCAAGAGAAGGGAAUUGCUUGUCAGCAUGACUGAUGCUGGUAUCUCAUUCAGAAUCCUGGGUAAUAUACGGUAUAUAAAAACAUCCCCCUCAUUAGGGAGACGACAGAUGUUUGUUAAUUGGGAUCAUCAUGAAACUGGGGCGGUUACUGGGCGCAUGUUACGGUUGUCACAGGAACCCUCACAGUAAUCCAUCCGCCCAUAGAAUAAAAAAACAAGACAGAAUCAUUGGAUAAUCCUUAGACAGGCACUUUAAAUUCCUUGCUAUAUUCAGCAGAUGUAAUUGCUGACAAUGUAAGAAGAUUUUUUCCAUUACUGGGAAAGCUGACAGACUGAAGUAUCUUUUCAUGCCUGCAGAAGCAGCUUGUACACACAUUUUGUGCAGCAACUGAUUUGAUUAGGAUUGAUCUGUUCUCCACAGCUGUAUCCUCAGCUCUGGGUUUUUUCCGUGUUCUUGUUUUUGACCGUUCGAGAGGAGGGAUUAUAGAUGCCCCCACCUCAUCUCCCUCACCAAACACACACGUCGACACACACACACCCGCUCGCAUGCACAUGCACGCACCCCUAGCGGACUAUGACGUCACUGAGCGAGGGGACUUGGAGCUCAUUAAGCGAGGGCUGUGAUAUUCUGAAUCGAGACUGUGGGACUCCCAGCCGGCCUAUUUAUAGAAAGCACAUCUCCAUGGCAGUCAUCGCUGCGCUAGCAAAUCGCAGCCGUGACCCAAGACGCCAAUUAAGAAUGAAACAAUGCCUUUUAGCAUGGGCGUGCCCUUCCUUCUGUCCGUAACUGCCUUCUGCGCUGAGAACGGACCCUCCCUCUGCCUCGUGCUUGGGCGGCGCGGGGCACCGGGAGUACGGCAGCAUGCGGAGAAAUGGCGAAGCAUUGCUGCGGAGACGGAUAUUUUUAAAUGCACCCCCCGCCCCCACUUCUCCCUCCUCCGUCUCCUUAGAAAAGUGAGAGUGAUGCUUAGAUCUUUUUUUUGUUUAUGGAUGUUCCGUUCAUAUGCACUGGGAUGCCAAUGGAUGCAAUGAAUUGCUGUGACUCGUAAAGGGACUUUGGAGAGUUCCAACAGGUUAGAAGAGUGAUGACCAUCCUGUUUGUUACUAUGGUUAUUUCAUACUUCAGUUGCAUGAGAGCUGCGCCCAUGAGAGAUAUCCCGGGUGUGCAGGGGGGCCACCGGGCUGAGGGAUACCUGGGUGCUGCUGCUGCCGCGGCGGCGGCCGGCGUCACCUCGGGCGGCCGGGGCCACGGGACUCCACAGAGUGGGGGGGGGUUGCCCUCGCUCACGGACACUUUCGAGCAGGUGAUUGAGGAGUUGCUUGAGGUGGAAGGGGAGGCAACGCAGCAGCUGGGCCCCAGGGCAGAACAAGGCCAAGGAGGGGGCGUUCCCGUCGCCGGGGUCGCAGCGGACUCGAAGGACGUUGACCUGUACGCCUCGCGGGUGAUGAUCAGCAACCAAGUGCCUUUGGAGCCGCCGUUACUCUUUCUCUUGGAGGAAUACAAAAACUACCUAGAUGCCGCCAACAUGUCGAUGCGCGUGCGGCGGCACUCGGACCCCGCGCGGCGAGGGGAGCUCAGCGUUUGUGACAGUAUUAGCCAGUGGGUGACAGCUGUGGACAAAAAAACGGCCAUAGACAUGUCUGGCCAGACAGUCACCGUUCUGGAGAAGGUCCCUAUGAAUAACGGUCAGCUGAAGCAAUACUUUUACGAGACCAAAUGCAACCCUUUGGGGUACACAAAGGAGGGCUGCCGAGGAAUAGACAAGCGGCACUAUAACUCACAAUGCCGGACAACCCAGUCUUACGUGCGAGCCCUUACCAUGGAUAGCAAAAGGAAGAUCGGCUGGCGGUUUAUACGGAUAGACACUUCGUGUGUAUGCACAUUGACCAUUAAGAGGGGCAGAUAGUGUACACAAUGUAUAGAUUUUAUUGAGAGUUCUAAAAAAGAGAGAGAAAAGAGAAAAUAUCUAUUUGUAUAUAUACAUAACAGGGUAAAUUAUUCCGUCAGAUGAAAAUUUUAUGGACUGCAUGUAAAAAAGAUGAAGUUUAUACAGUAAAAGUGAUACUACAGUCUAUUUAUUGAACAUAUUCAUGACCUUGUAAACAAUUAAAAAAAGAUCUGAUCAGUCAUUUGCGCCCAGUUCAAAUUACUAUAUCACAUUCCUCAAGACAUUGUGUUUUUUACGUUGCCAAGAUUUUGAGAGAUGAGGAGAGGAGGGGGUGAGGAAGAAUUACAUACGAGAGAAAAAAAAUGACAAAAAAAACUUGCAUGCUGCUUCAAUCGUGAAUUGAGAAACUGUCCACUUUGGGAAAACAAGGAAAUGAUUUCCGACCAAAACAUUCCGUUUACAUUCUCAACCGUAACAGGAUUUCCUCCUCUAAGUACUCUGUCUGUUUACUAUCCUCAACUUCUCAAGGUAAUGUUGGAAAUACAUACUAUGUCAAGGUGCUGUUGUCAAAGCUUUGCUGUUUAUUUUUUUAUCCCCACAAGAUGAAAAAAUAUAUAUAUAAAAUAUAUAUAAAAUUUAUUCAU